AUGUGCGCGACGACGGUGACGAACCCGCUGGACGUGAUCAAGGUGCGCAUGCAGACGAGCGCGCGAAGGCGCGCGGGCGCGCUCGUGGGGACGGCGCUCGACGUCGGGCGAAGGGAGGGACUGGGGACGUUUUGGCGAGGGAUUUCGCCGGCGCUGACGCGCGCGGCGCUGUACGGGGGGUGCCGAUUGGGGCUGUACGAUCCGAUGCUGCGAGUGGUGGCGCCCGCGGUGGAGCGCGAGCGCGAGGGCGCGCCGAGGGUGGCGACGAGACUGCUCGCGGGGGCGGCGAGCGGAGCGUUCGCGGCGGCGGCGCUGAAUCCAACGGAAUUGCUCAAGACGCGCAUGCAGACCGAGGCGGGGGCGUCGACGACGUUGGUGGGACACUUGCGAGCGGUCGUGCGCGAGGGCGGCGUGGGUGGGCUUUGGCGCGGGAGCGGGUUGGCGAUGAUGAGGUCCGCGGUGCUCACGGCGACGCAGGUGGCGACGUACGGGGAGGUGAAACGUCGCGUCGUCGACCUCGGGCUCGUCGACGCCGACGGCGCGAAGUGGCGAUUGCACUUCGCGGUGGCGAUGUUGACGGGGGUGGUGACGACGGCGACGACGAAUCCAGUGGAUAUGCUGAAGACGCGGCUGUACGUCGCGAACGCUGCGGCAAGCGGCGGCGCGAACGCGCCGACGGUCAGAGGCACGCUCGUCGACGUUCUCGCUCGGUACGGCCCGUUUGGAUUAUUUAGGGGCUUCAGCGCGAAUUACAUGCGACUCGGACCGCAAACAGUGGUGACGUUCGUCGUCGCCGAAUAUUUGCGCGAGCGUUUCGGUAUGAGCGCUCUGUAG